AUGCGUGAGGAUCAUUUCAAAAAAUGGAUCCAAAACAAACGGCACAUAUGCACACCAGGAGAAGUAGCAUCACAACAAACAAUCGAUCAAUACUAUCAAAACGUCCCAGCAACAGGGCUUACACCUAUAUCGUUAGGGGAUAUCUAUGAACAGCUUGCUACAUUUACUGGAAGAUUUAACUUGGCUCUGAAUACCUUCUCAAGCCCAGAGUUUACAAAGCUAGUUAAAACCAUUAUAAUGUAUACUGCAGACUCGAUGAUAUUGAAGUUCCCACAGUUACACAAUGUUAACAUCAAUGUUGAUAAACUAGCUUCUCAAAUAUACCAGCCUAUUUCAACUGACAAACUAAGGCAAACAAUGAUACAA